AACCUUCACGAUGGGAAAGACACUUUCUAAAAAAACUAAAAAGAUGGCUGAACCCGCGAAGGAUGACAGACCAAGUACAAGCCCGGAUAACUUCACGAUGGGAAAGAAAUUUUCUAAAAAAACUGAAGAGAUGACUGAACCCCCGAGGGAUGACAUACCAAGUACAAGUGGUCAAACAUCGGGUCAAACAAAUGGAUUUCAUGACGUCAUCACCAAAGUAGCAGACGCCAUUUCAGAUGAUGGUGCUAUAAGGGGACUUGGUCGUGAGCUUAACGUCCAAAUGUCUGAUAUCAACCGGGCAUUGGAGACGAAUUGGGCUGGAGGUAGAAAAACCAGUAACGGUAAUGUGAUGCUGCUUCAGAAGUGGGCAGGGACGGUCAAACCAUCCAAGCAGCUCCCAACUCUCAGAGCAGCUCUCAUAAAGGUGGGCUUACUAGAGGUGGAAGAGACAUGUUUCACAAGCAGCUGCAGCGGUGACGAUGAAGCGAUGCCAAGUGACAUAAUGAAGUUAAGAGAACAACUGAAAAAUAGAUAUCGCAAGAAAUUUGGUCAGAUCAAAACAUCGCCUGUGAACCCUAAUUCAUGGACAUGGCUUCAGCACAUCUAUGUCAGUCUCGUCCUAAUGUUGGGAUCGCGAGGGGAAAAAGAGGAGCCAAUAGAUUAUGAUGGGUUGUUUAAAUUCAUCAAAACUGACACACCGACAGGUUUUGUAACACGAUUAGCUUUCAUUGGAGAAGCUGGUGUAGGGAAAUCGACGCUGUUUGCUAAAAUAGCUCUUGAUUGGGCUGAGGGUAAAAUUCUUCAAGAAAUCAAUCUGCUUUUUCUUGAAUCAUUUCGAGAGAUUAAAGAGAGCGGGUUCUUCGGGGACACUGUCAUGGGCCAUUUCCCAGAUGAUUUGGAAGUAAAGGGGGAAAGGGUUGAUGAAUAUAUCAGGACAAAUCAGAGAAAAGCCCUUAUCUUAUUGGACGGACUGGACGAGGCACAAAUCGACAUCAAAAAGCCAAAACCCAAUGACGCUAUCGUAUCGAUCGUUAGAGGAGAACGAUUCAUUAAUACCCCAGUCCUCAUCACGACCCGUCCUUUUGGAGCUGAUCAGAUCAAGAGCAUCAUGAAGAUUAAUGACCAUUACACGUUUGGUAAGGUUAAGGGCUUCACAAAGGAAAACAUGGCAACAUAUAUCAAAAACUAUUUCAAAGAUGAUUUUGAUUCUGCUUCGACCCUCGUUAACUUCAUUGAUACAAACCAAGUGGUUUCUGAGUACCUGGCACCCUUCCCGAUAUUCUGCAGUAUGCUAUGUAGCCUGUGGAAAACGCCAUGUGAACGGGAAAAUAUUCAGACAAUGGAAACAUUCUCGCAACUCUUCAAGCGUAUUGUCUUUUCACUUCAAGAGCAAUAUUUUUACAAACCAAAUGAAUUAGAAGAGGACUAUGAAAGCCGCAUGAGGAAAGCUAGUGAAAGUUUGAAAGAUAUUGGUUGUAUCGCAUUUCAAGGUCUGUUGGUUAAACAGCUCAUCUUCGAUGAAAAGGCGCUCGAAUCAUGCACAGAGGCUGCAAUGACUGCAUGCGAGAUCGGGAUUCUUAGCAAGGAGAUUAGGCCGGCACCCUUGCAAAUCAGAGAAAGUCAGCGAAAGCAAUUCAUCCAAGAAUUCUCUUUCCCUCAUAAGUUACUACAGGAGUACAUAGCGAGUUUCUACCUUGCAUCGCUGUUCCACGAAGAUCGUCAAGAAUUUAACAGAAUCUUGACACACAAGCUGUUAAAGGACUACACAGAAUUCAGAUAUGUAUUGUACUUCACUGCAGCUCAAGAAAGUGAAGUAGGAGAGUCGGUCAUGGAAGCCCUAUGCAAUGAAGUUAAUGACACGGGGUUCAUCUUUCAGUGUGCAUUUGAAUGUCAUGAUCCAGAAGCCAUUGGCCCGGUCAGGAACCUGCUGAAGACGAAGACACAUCUUAUGUUACCUUAUAGUGCUUCAAUCGCUGCAUUUCUCUUCCCGCUCGAAACAAUAGGGAAGGAAAUAGUAAGAAGAAGUUCUUCAAUUCGUGAAACAUUGGGUGUUAGCGAGUCCUUCGAAGCUAACGCAUCGUCGUCUGGUGUAGCAGCAGCAGUAGGUCUCUUCACAUUGCAGAACUUACGAGAGUUGACCAUUGAAAAGUGGCGUCUGGAUGACAAAUUCUACACAGGAAUGUCUGCUGCAGCUCCACAGUCCAUGAUUGAGGAGCUAACGCACAGGAGGGCAGAUCUAGGUUUUUCUGCAUCCUCUCAUUACGCGAGAGGUCUCUGCUUCAUGCCAAAUCUUCGAUCACUGAAUCUUGACCGUUUGAAGUUGAGUGAUGAGUUCUACUCAACGAUAGCCACUGAGGCAUCAAAAUCAAAGAUUGAGGAGCUAACGCACGAGAACUCAGAUCUGGGUUCUGCUGCAUCCUCUCAUUAUGCGAGAGGUCUCUGCUCAAUGCCGAAUCUUCGAUCAAUGAAGCUGGACUAUAUGGAGCUGAGUGAUGAGUUCUACUCGACGAUGCUUUCUGAGUCAUCAAAAUCAAAGAUCCAGAUGCUGAGUUUGGGAUAUGUUUCCAUAAUUCCAUGUCGACUACACUCCAUUCUCUCGCUCCCACACCUCCAGUCACUCAGCUUGACUGAUAUCAGAUCAGUUGACAUGGACGAUGGAGAGACACUGACUCGUCGAAUAACCUCAGUAGAUGAGCUAUCUGUGGAUGGUAAGCAUGUGACCAGUCUGUGGAAUCUUGGACUUCAUACAUCAUGUCCCGGAGUUAAACAACUCAAACUGGACUGGUGGCCCGGGGAUAACGUCGCACCAGACAUCGUCACAAUGGCCUGCUGCCCAUUCCAUCAUCUAACUCACCUUCACAUACAGGGAUUGGAGAGCAUCUUUGCUGCAACUACAUUGAGUGAUCCCGUGUCAUUCUGCAAGGCGGUGAUAACAUCAUGUCCUCAACUCAACAAGCUGUCCAUUACCCGCAUUAGCCUGUACAACGAGAAGGCAGCUGAGAUCAUCAAACUCAUGACCACUCAUACACACCUGACAAUCAUAGCGUUGGAUUCGUGUCGUACGGACGCGGAUCUGGCUCCACUGUUGUCUGAGGUAAAAAGUGAAGGCAAGCUGACUGUCUCCCUGAAGCAUGGUGGUGGGAGGAGGUUGUAAAGAUAACGCUCAGUAAUAUGUGGUUUGGCCGUCAAGCAACAACCCCGGGCAACAACGUAUCAACGUUGGAAGAUGUACGUGAUGGCAGCAGACUACUGCAGACUACUGCAGACUUCAAAAUGAAACUUGUCGAGUGUUGCGGUAACCAGGCUCCCCGAAUAACUAAUUAUAUUAACUGAAGGAUAUCUCAAGUUAAAAUGCAUGAAAUAUCGUAUCAUAAACGUAUUACUGCUUAUGCCCUGUCUCGAUACUUGGAAUUAAUAACUUUAUAAUGAUGUUGAAGCAUAUGGAGAAUGUCGAUUUAUUUUCAGGCGAAUUUUAAUUUUCUGCAGCCUCUUCGAAAGUACUUUGAACUAAGCAAAGCAUUUUAGAGAGAGAGAGAGAGAGCGGGCAUGCAUGUAGAUGGAAGCCAGCAUUAAUAUGGAAUUUAAAACAGAUAGAACGAUAGAUUUACCUGAAAAGAAAUCCGGGUAGAGAAGAGGAAUGAGAGGAAACAAUG